GAACGUUUCGUUGUCAGUGGUGUAUGUACUCAAGGUGAAUAGUAACUCUCCUGUAUAGCCCAUUUGCAAGGAUUACAGCCGGAUGAAAAUUUUCUUUCUCAAUUUGCCUGGUGACAAACUGGCGACGCUUCCAUUUUACCGAACAAAAGCAUUUGAAGACCUCGAAAGGUGCCAGUCAACAGCACGCAUCCCGAUGAAGAUAAACAACAGCAAUUUACUAUAACUUACAACGCCAACCUACCAGUGGAUGAAGUACCAGCCAACGAAGCAACGACUGAGUCAAAUUUUCACCUCGGCUGAAAUCCCGGACCUAGUGUGAGGGCACGCCGUGGAGGUGGUCGGCUCGGCUUGACGCGGCCAAAGAAUUGCUUUGUUGCCAUGGCAACUCAUCAGCGUCUCUAUGCCCUUCGCAUAAUCCUCCUUGCUGCUGUAUUGUGGGAGGUUAAUGGACAGUUUGGUAAUAUUGGGGACCUUGUUGAUAUCGGAGACAGGUUUCCAAUCCUUCCAAUAAAUAUCCGCCUACCAGUCAUCACGCUCCCACCGAGAGAUCCAAAUGAAGUGCCAAGCGGACCAAACACAGAAGUAUUUGCGUACAGGAGCCAGCGGCACACCAACAAGAUUAAAGUCAACAGGCAGCAGAGCUACAACACGGGUUGUGGAUUCCUCAAUCUCGGUCGCUGCAGAAGAUACAGAACGGUGUCUUCAUAUCAGGUUAGUACUACGUACAGCCGAGUUGCGCGUUUCAGGUGCAGAAGUUUUGCCAGAAAGGAUGGAAAUGUCUGCAGAGUCGACUGCAGUGUUGCAAACUGGGGACGCUGGGGUGGCUGCACGCAGUCCUGCUAUGAAGGUACAAGGAGAAGAACUAGAGGUAUCUCACGCAGUGCUAGUAACGGUGGCAGGGGCUGCCCAACCACAUCACAAACGACACACUGUAACCGAGGACGAAGGCAGUGCAACAUUGAAAGGAGGUGCUGGAAUAACGCCUAUGUUCGCACCACAUCGACUAUCUGCCAGCAAUGCUUGUUUACAUCGAGCAAAACCGCCUGGCAAGCACACUCUGGGUCAAGAUGCAAUGACAACAAUGCAUGCACUAAGGAUGAUGCAUGCCGCUCUGGCCGAUGCACUGGCACGCGGUACUCAUGCCCGUUUAGCUGCACGUCCUGUAAUGGUGUUGGUGGGUGCAACCCAAACAGAGGUUUUUGUCUAAUCGAUACGUCCACCGGGAAGCGAUGCUAUAGUGAAGGUGCAACGAAUCCCGACUCUCCACAAUGCCAGUUGUGCACCCAUGGCUCAAACCCUAUCCAAUGGAGUAACAGGCCGGUGGGUACGCGAUGCAGCAACCCGGAUGUGUGUAUCCGCAACAGCAAAUGUAACAGUAAUGGCCAGUGCGUGGGUGAAGACUACCGGCAUGAGUGCCAGACGGAGUGUCAACGCUGCAGCUCCUCCGGCAAGUGUCAGCAGACAAAGGGCUGCAUUGCCAGCAACAGGAGAUGUGGAUGCAGCAUUGGUGGAAGGUGCUAUGCAGAGCGACAAACCAACCCCUCCACACAGUGCCAGUAUUGUAAGCUGCAAGAAAAUCCAAGUGCCUGGACGAACAAAGAGAACGGAUUCAAUUGCAAUGACAAUAACAUAUGCACCCACACAGAUCGAUGUGUUGGAGGUAGAUGCUCGGGUACAGCAUAUCAAUGUAGUGUCAGGAAAGAGGACGUGUGCAUGAGAAGCAACAACUGCGAUGGCAAAGGAGGCUGUGAUCCAUCUUUCUUUGGAUCAGAGAAGAGAUGCUAUGAGAGGCAAGAUGCAUGUGACCAUCCCACCACAUACUGCACAGGUAGACAUGCUGUUUGCAGUGUUACCACUAUCAAGCAAUUGCCUGGUGGAGUACCUCCAAUUAGUCUUGGUACCGUGACACUGACUGAUCAUCAGCAGACUGUAUUACCGAAAUCAACAACAAAAGGAGGAGAGGAAAUUGCACUAACAAAAGAUACUGGGCGUGUAACUAUCAAGCUGGAAGGUUUUACUGUGCCAUGUGGAAAUGUGCAGUAUACUACUGAAGUCCGUGCCUAUCCGAAUACUGGAUCAAGUCAGUUGGGAUCAGUUCGGACAACUGGAAAUAGUGGAGACGCAUUGACAGUAAGCAUACCAGUGGCAAUGCAGCAUGGUUCAAUGUACAGAGUACACGUCAUGGCUGCAAACAUCCGCUCCAAUACCGUCAGCAUGACAUCUCUACCUCUUCUCGUAGACACAAGUGCUCCUACCCUCACAGAUGGUCUCCAGGAUGGUCCUCUGUCAGUGUCAGUCCCAUUCAACAAGGAUAUUGACUACCAAUCCAGCUUAUCUGCCCUCACAGUUAAUUGGAAAACUGAUAACCUGCAGGAUGCAGAGAGCGGUAUUUCCAGGUCAUCAAUCAAAAUGUCAUAUGGAACAUCGCCCACAUCGGCUCAACAUCCAUUUGUGGACUGUCCAAGGAGUCAACGAGAUAGUGGAUACUGUAUGUUAGAGGGCCUGCAGCUGCAAAGAGGAGUCCGUUACUAUGCCUUUCUCUCUGUCGACAAUGUUCUGGGUACAAGUGGCAUAUUUUCAACUGAUGGUGUCACCUUGGAUGAUACACCCCCAACAGGUGGCAUGUUAAACUUGAUGGGGCUACUUCCGGCACAAGCUGAUAACUAUGAAUACAUCUCUUCAGCUGACGGCAAGAGGCUGACUGCAACUCUGUCUGGGGUUUCCGAUCCAGAGAGUGGUCUGAUUAAGUUCAGUCAAGUUGUGUGCGACCAGGGAACAAAUCUAUGCACAGAACAAGGUUAUACCACCUUUUCUUGUACCAGCCAACCAUGUACAGUGCAAGUAGAUCACCCCAAUGAUCGUCUCGUAUCACAGGGCAGCUUUCUCAACAACCAUGUAUAUUCUCUUGUAGCAAGAGUUGAGAACAAUGCUGGUCUUACAUCAGACAUCCAGUCUGAGCGAGUCUUAGUAGAUCGUGUACCCCCUACAGGUGGAGCUGUGUUUGAUGGCUCAACUACUGGAGUUGAUAUCAUGUAUCAAAGCAACACUGAUCAACUCUCUGCUAACUGGAAUGGAUUUGUAGAUUCGGAGUCAGGCAUCAAGAACUAUGUUGUAUCAGUUGUUGAUGAAUCGGACACAACCCUGGCUACAAAAACAACCACAGGUCUGUCACUCACAAUACAGACCCGCUUAACUCACGGCGUCACAUACAGGAUGUGUGUUGAUGCCACCGACAAUGGUGACAAUAGCAACAGAGUGUGUUCAAAUGGUUUACUAAUUGAUAGCAUGCUCCCAGUAGGUGGUACAGUGCUGGACAUCGACCCAUCAGGAUCAAGCCUGGCUGAAAUUGACUUCCAAAUAUCUACAAAAUCCAUGAAGACCAAGUGGAUGGGCUUUCAAGCAUUGAGUGGAAUCCAAUCUUACUCUUGGUCAAUUGGUACGACUGCAGGCAGUUCCGAUGUGCUGUCCAAGCGUGCUGUUGGCUUGCAGACAAUGCAAUCUACAGGAAAUCGUAACUUACAAUCAGGACGGACGUACUUCGCAAAUGUAUGGUGUACCAGUCGAUCAGGCCUGACAAGUUUGGUCAGUUCAGAUGGUGUGCUAGUGGAUACAUCGCCACCAGAUGGGGGCAUGGUAAUUGAUCUCUGCACCGAUACAGAGCCAUGCGAGUCUUCGAAUGAUAUUGACUAUACCUCUGUGAAUGACAAGCUUAGAGCCCGUUGGUUUGGUUUCACGGAUGAACAAAGUGGAGUCAAACACUACAGCUGGAAUUAUGCGGACUGCUCAAGCAAAGUGCCACUUUUCGACACCGACAAGCCAGCAUCACUCAACACAGAAUUUAACAGCUUCCCCAAAGGCGCACUUGAUACUAAUGUUCGCUAUUGCAUCGUCGUACGGGCCAUGAACAAUGCCGGCCUGAUCUCGUCUAUAUGGUCUGAUGGGUUUCUUGUCGACAUCACAGCACCGCGGGUGUUUACAGUGACCGAUGGCGCCGUAGUAGGUAGUGAUACAGAUCAUCAGAAAGACGUCACAGCGAUGCAUGCUGUGUGGGAUUCACCUGUGGACAAGCAGAGCGCUGUGCUGUACCAAACAAUCAUUGCCAAGCAGAGCAGUCGAACCCCAGCAUUGGCAAUUUCUUCUAUGAUACGCCUGCCCAACACCACAACCAAUUAUGUUAUAAAUGAUCUUCAGCUCACUGAUCUAGAGACAUACAUCAUUGAAGUAUGUGCGGUCAACUAUGCUGGACUGGAGCGCUGUGCAGCAUCGGACGGUGUGCUGAUAGAUGUAACUGCACCUACGAAAGGACUGGUAUUCACUGGUACAACAACUAAGGGAAAGAGGUAUCAAGCAUCCAACUCAAGCCUUACUGCACGCUGGCAUAGCUUCAUAGACCGUCAGAGUGAUAUUGCCUCCUUCUCUUGGUCUGUCGAGUCUGCUAAAGAUGGUUCGGUGGUGAGAGCCAAAGAAAAUGUUGGAUAUCGUAUGGAAGCAACUGCAAACAACCUGCAGCUGAACAGUGGUGAGCAGUACGUUGUUGUGGUAGAAGCUGAAAACAAUGCCGGCGGUGUAGUGAUGAGUGAGAGUGAAGCCAUUACUAUCGAUACAACUCCGGCUGUUAACGCUAAGAAGCCAGUGCUGCAGUUCAAUGGUAACACAGCCUCAGUAUCAUGGGAGCCAUUCAAAGAUGACGAGAGCUUUGUCUGGUACUACAAGUGGGCAAUCGGCGUCGAGCCCUUCGGCAACCAGAUCACGGGAUACAACAUGGCCGGUAACCUUAGCAACAUGGCAGAGAUGCACAGCACCUUCGUGACAGGCCAGGUGUACUAUGCAACUGUGAUUGGCAGAAACAGAGCUGGUCUCUGGACAUAUGAGAACCACUGCUCUCUAUCUGUGGUGUUUGAUGGCAGUCCACCAGUGCUGAGGGACUUGGACAUUGUGGAUUCAACAUUAGGAAUAAAGGUUACUAUUGCUUCAUCUACAUCUGAUCUAUCCUGCAAUUGGGCACUACCAGUAGACCAUGAGUCGAUGGUAACUGACUGCGCUGUGAACGUUCUUGGAGAAUCAGAGAACACUAUCCUUCAUAGUUCUGGAGUAAGCCCAGAGCAGGUCAGCUAUGCUAUACCACACUCUGCUCUUGCUGGUGCUAGUGAUCAAAUCCAAUGCCAGCUGCAGUGCUCAAACCUGGCUGGACUGUCUUCAUCAACAAUGUCUGCAACUGUAAUCCUGGAUAACAUGCCACCUUCACCAGGCUCAGCCAAUGUACCUGACUUCUGGGCCAAACCUAACCAGUUUACACUAAGCUGGACGCCAUGUACAGAUAGCGAGUCUGUAAUCACUGAGUAUAAGUGGUGGCUGGUGAACACCGCUACUGAUGAAAAGAUUGGAAUGAAGACAGAAAGUGGGAUUGCUCAGAGAAGUGAAAUUGACGGUGUGCAAUUUGAACAUGGUCAAACCUAUGCUGUGUAUAUGCAAUGUUCCAACUCUGCUGGCCUUGAAACUAACUGGACAUCACCAACAUUCUUAGUGGAUCUAACACAGCCCAGUGUUAGUUCAGUAUCGGCAGCUAUUCAGCCAGCAGCAAGUGAAUCCAUGACUGGCUCUAAUCCCAAUAUGCAUCUAUCGGCAAAAUGGCGUGCAUCCCGUGAUAACGAAAGUGGUGUGCUUGGAUAUCGCUGGGCAGUGGGCGUCUCUCCUGGUGGAUGUCAGGUAGCUGAAUUCUCCUCAGUGUCGCCAGAUCAAAUGUUUGUUUGCAGUAGCUGCUCGCUACAACAUGGUGAGUCAUACUAUGUAACUGUUGAAACGGUGAAUAUGGCUGGUGAGACAAUGACGUCAGUUUCAUCGCCAGUGACUGUUGACAAGAGACCACCGCGGCCUGGCCAGGUAGAAUUACUCAAUGUAAACUCCAAGACGGGUGAAGUUACUGCCCUAUGCCAAUCUUUUAUUGACUACCAAACUGCUAUCGUAGGCUGUGAGUGGAUUAUAGCUGACAAUCAAGUGGAGGUCUCCCGUGGACAAAUACCCUGUUUGUGUUCUAACUGCACUUUCAGUACAUCUCCGCUCUUAGUGCCUCUGCCGACUGCCUCACUGCAAGUCGUUUGUACAGAUGCCGGAAAUCACUCGGUUUCGCAUGGUGUCCAGGUAGAUUUCAGUUCCCCUGCCGCUGGCCAGCUUACGUGCAAGCCCUACAUUGCCACUGCCAAUGAAUUGACACUACAAUUGGCAGGCUUUUUUGAUCUCCAAUCUCCCAAUCUGCAAUUCCGCUGGUCAAUUGUGGAAACAGACAGCCUGACAACAUCUCUGCCAUGGCGAAGCGGUGGCAUUUCUUCAUCAGCAUCUAUUCUGCAUGCCACUGAGCUGAAUCUAAAGGAAGGAGUAUCGUACAAUGCUACUGUGCAGGCUAUAAACGAGCAGGGCCUUUCCAUUCGUGCAACAUGUAUCUUCGAAGUGGACUCAUCGCCGCCUGCAGAAGGCACUGUUCAAUUUGCAGCUGGCCAGACCUAUGUCUCCAGUAUGGACACGCUGGCAAUAGAAUGGAGCGGCUUCCAGGAUGACGAAAGCGGUAUAAUGCGGUAUGAGUGGUGUCUAUCAACUCCAGGCCAACAGUCUAGCCGAAUCUUUUGCAAGACAGUGGGAAGUGAGAUGACGACAGCGCAUUGUAGAGAUUGUCCUGUUGUGUCUGGUGUUGCCUACACUGUACAAGUGACAGCAACAAAUGCAGCAGGACUGAUCACCAUGGCAACAUCCAAUGCUGUCACACUAGAUAGAAGUCCACCCAUUGUUGGCGCGGUGUACGAGGGCAUGCGGGGUGGCGAUGACAUUGACUACAUAAAAUCUACAUCUAUGCUGAAUCUUCAACGCCUUGGCUUUGCCGAUGCUGAAUCCGGCAUCAGCAGAUGCGACUUUGAGCUGCGCACUUCUCAGGGUGAUAACAAGGUAUGGUCUGCAACCGUGUUGGAUCCUCAAACAUCAGUUAGCCUAAAUGCCGAUAUGCUGCCCACCGGUCAGAAGCUGAUUACCCAUGUGACGUGUUGGAACCAGGCUGGACUCACUUCUUUCAAUGUAUCAGAUGGUGUGGUGGUGGACUCAUCGCGCAUAUCAUUGUCAAGCAUUCGCCUUCAAGUCGACUAUGAAAGUGGAGUGCAGCCGGAAGUUCAGGUUUGGCUGGAUGGAGUAGAGGAUAGCGAGAGUGGUGUCGAAACCAUCAGUGCCUUUCUUAUCGAUGUCAGCACGACAGAGCCUGUGUACUCUGUCAAUCAAAUGGAUUUCUCCAGCUACUUUGCCAUCUCCGGUGCCAACCUGACACAAGGCGGACAGUAUUUCAUUCGAGUGACAUUGCGUGACCGUAGUGGAUGGAGAACCACGGCAGAAAGUGAUCAGUUCAUCUUCGACUCGACAGCACCGUCCGAAGGCAGCGUAAAUGACGGUAUUGGUCUGGAUAUUGACUACACCAGUCACGUGUCUUCUCUGUCUGCUAACUGGGCCAGCAUCACUGAUAGUGAGAGUGGAAUAUCUCAUUUUGACUAUGCUAUCGGUACAACACCCGGUGGAACUCAAACCCUGUCCUACACGAAUGUUGGCACUAGCACAUCUGCUACAUGUCCCAACACGCAAUGUCAAAUCAAGCCCGGUGUAAAGUAUUAUGCAACUGUUCGUGCAACGAACGGGGCCAAUUUGAAAUCAUGGUUCAUAUCAGAUGGAGUAACAGUGGAUACUACAGCACCAUCUGAUACUAGGAUAUCUAUGAAUGGUGAUACCUCAACACAGUUCAUCUCCACCGAUCAAGUACUGCAGGUCAGUUGGGGAAACAGCACAGUAGACUAUGAAAGUCCCAUCAUCGCAUACUCACUGUGCCUUAGUGAGGUAGAGGACACGUGCAGUCUUGGACCAGCGGAGUCGGUCGGCAUGGUUACCAAAGCUAGUCUGACUGUACCACAAUUGUCCAGCAACACAGCAGUCUAUGUGGUUGUCAUGGCAGAGAACGCUGCCUUGCUGACAGGCACAGUAACGUCAUGGAAACUGAUCAUCGACAAUACCCCACCUCGGCCUGGUGUGGUGGUGGACGGCGAAACUAAUGAUGAUCUUGACUGUCAACUCUAUGAUCAGCCAGUGAGUGCAUCAUGGCAUGGAUUUGAGGAUAGGCAAAGUGGCAUAGCAAUCUACCACUGGGCUAUUGGGUCGCAGCCAUUCACUGCUGAUAUCCAGGACUGGACUAAUGUUGGCUCACAGACCAGUGGUACUGUUGUUCUAAACAACACUAGGCCUGGACAGGUCUUGUACUCAUCCAUCAGAGCGUUCAACAAGGCACAGAUACCCACACAGGCAGCGUCUGAUGGCAUGCGCCUCCAGUCAACAGCACAGAACAACAUCGCUGAGUUCUGCAUGGCCCCGUAAUUAGUUCGUAGCCUAGAUGAUGUGUAUGCGGACAUUAGUUUUUCUCACUCACUCGCAUACUUUAGUGCAAAUGCAAUAGUCUCCCAUUUCUUUUUCUCGCGAUUACAUUUAUUAAAAACAUGCUAUCUAUAAUCUGGCGCAGAUUGAGUAUAAUCUGGCUUACAUGGAAAUUUCCAACCUGGCUCUCAUUUCCACAGCUGUACUCAGUAGUCAGCUUUUCACCUGCACUCAGACUAGUGUUUACUUUGAAGUCAAACUAUGAUGUGAGUCAGUUACAGGACUGGAUAUCCAGUUAUCAAGUUUGGUCAGCCCCUGCUAAUUUCAAGCGACUUCUAUUAUAGCCUGACCUAGAAUCUUCAUAUUUGAACCUUGAAGUAACAGCAGCCAUUAUUGUACAAUGAGCAUGAUACUAAUACCGUUGUUGCUGCCGCUCCUGCCAACACUGCUAGCCCGCAGCUUGUGCUUCAGCUUCAUAAUCCCAAAGAAUACGCAGUCUGACUCCCCGCAGUCUCUAUCUCCA